GCUAACCACAAUGAUUGAACUCACGAAUUUCAUUAUACUGAUACGUACUAAAAUAGUCUUUUUCAAUAUAGAUCAGCAAAAAGGGAUAUUAUUCUCUUUAACAAAUGAUAUUUGUUCAUUAUGGAACACAUAUAUUUGAGAUAAAUCAAUAUCUAUUGAGAAAAUACUGCUAUUUUGCCCCAGCAUCCAAGUCAUCACCUCUAAGUUAGAAAUUUGUCUUGGUAUUAUUAUAAGUAAGCAAAUGUUUUUGCCCCAAGAACCGUCCAACGAUAACACCCUCUCUCGAUCUGCCUUCUUUAUUAUUAUUUUUUAUAUUUGAAAAAAAAGUACAUAGGAAUCUGAUUUUUUUUUGUGAAACACUAUAUGAGUGGAUUUGACCGUUAUUAUAACAUGUACAAUAUCUUCACUAUUCUUAUAAUCAGAAGAAUUUGGGACUAAUUUUCAAACCUUUGCAUGUUGAUCAGUACGUACCGUAUUGUUGAUAGUGAUCUGCUAACAAAACAGCUACGUCGUAGUGGAAUAUUCUAAUACACUAUUUAUUAUCACAUAUAUGUAUAUAUAAUAAUCUCUGUGAUGUAUAUAUUUUAAAAGUAGCGUGGUGCUAGAUCGCUAUAUAAUAAGUAUUAAAUCUCAUGCAAAGCAAAACAUGUUAUUAUAACACACAAAGCAGCUCUUAAGAAUAUUAAAAAGAUAGUCAGAAAUAUGUCGAAUAAUAAUCAUAUUUUUCUUGUGGGAUUAAUAAUUCUCUUUCUAACAAUAUUAAUAUGUUGUGACGAGGCUGCCGCCUCAAAAUGUCGCCCGAGUGAUAGAAUCAAGGGAAAGAAGCUUCCACCGGGCCAAUGCGUGGAGGACGACCUGUGCUGCGUGGAGGGCAGGAUGUACGAAGUCUACGAGUGCUCCCCCUUCGUUACUGCACACACCAAGGCCUAUAUGACAUUCAACAGCUUCGAGGGUAGAGGGGACGGUGGCGCCCCAGCCAAGUGUGACAACCGCUAUCACUCGAAUGACACGCCGGUGGUGGCGCUGUCCACGGGGUGGUACAAAGGUGGAAGCAGAUGCCUCCACAAUGUCACCAUCACGGGUCCCAAUGGGCGGAGUGUGGAGGCGAUGGUGGUGGACGAGUGUGAUUCCUCUGUGGGGUGUGGCAAAGAUCAGGACUACCAACCUCCAUGCGCCAACAACGUCGUUGAUGCCUCCAAGGCUGUUUGGAAAGCUCUUGGUGUUCGUCUAGAAGACUGGGGUGACUUGGAUAUUACGUGGUCCGAUGCUUAAUUUAUAAUUAUAUAGUUUGCUUAUCUGCCUCUCUCUCUC